CGCUGACCCCCCUGCCCCCGCUCGCGCCUCGCGUGUCGGGACUUGUUCCGGCGCUUCGGCUUCCUAAGGCGCGCAGCCUCCGCGUCCCGGGAGGAGUCCGCGUCGCCCCUGCAGAGUGGCAUUUGAUGCCCGCCGCGCCCGGGAGCGGCCGAGCGGCUCUGGAGCCAGCUCCCGGAUCGCCGGCCCGGCCGAUGCGUGCGUGUGAGUGAGUCGGCGGCUCCCCCACCCGCCUGGCCGCCGGCCUCCGUCCUCCUCCUCUUCCUCUCUGGUCUCCUCCCUCCUCGCAGUCGGCGUGCAAAUGGCUUCGUUCCCCGAGGCCGACUUCCAGGUCUGCCUGCUGUGCAAGGAGAUGUGCGGCUCGCCGGCGCCGCUCUCCUCCAGCUCGUCCGCGUCGUCGUCGUCCUCGCAGACGUCCACGUCGUCGGGCGGCGGCGGCGGGGGCCCGGGGGCCGCGGCGCGCCGCCUGCACGUCCUGCCCUGCCUGCACGCCUUCUGCCGCCCGUGCCUCGAGGCGCACCGGCUGCCGGCGGCCGGCGGCGGCGCGCCCGGAGAGCCCCUCAAGCUGCGCUGCCCGGUGUGCGACCAGAAGGUCGUGCUGGCCGAGGCGGCGGGCAUGGACGCGCUGCCCUCGUCCGCCUUCCUGCUCAGCAACCUGCUGGACGCCGUGGUGGCCACGGCCGACGAGCCGCCGCCCAAGAACGGGCGCGCCGGAGCCGCGGCGGGCGCGGGCGGCCACAGCAACCACCGGCACCACGCGCACCACGCGCACCCGCGCGCGCCCGCCUCGGCCCCGCCGCCGCUCCCGCCCGCGCCGCCGCCGCCCGCGCCCUCCCGCUCGGCGCCCGGCGGCCCCGCGGCCUCCCCGUCCGCGCUGCUGCUGCGCCGGCCUCACGGCUGCAGCUCCUGCGACGAGGGCAACGCCGCCUCGUCGCGCUGCCUGGACUGCCAGGAGCACCUGUGCGACAACUGCGUCCGCGCGCACCAGCGCGUGCGCCUCACCAAGGACCACUACAUCGAGCGCGGCCCGCCGGGGCCCGCGGCCGCCGCCGCGCCGCAGCUCGGGCUGGGGCCGCCCUUCCCGGGCGCGCCCUUCUCCAUCCUGUCGGUGUUCCCCGAGCGCCUCGGCUUCUGCCAGCAACACGACGACGAGGUGCUGCACCUGUACUGUGACACUUGUUCAGUGCCCAUCUGUCGUGAGUGCACAAUGGGCCGGCAUGGGGGCCACAGCUUCAUCUACCUCCAGGAGGCGCUGCAGGACUCGCGGGCACUUACCAUCCAGCUGCUGGCUGACGCACAGCAGGGCCGCCAGGCAAUCCAGCUGAGCAUCGAGCAGGCCCAGACUGUGGCGGAGCAGGUGGAGAUGAAGGCAAAGGUGGUACAGUCGGAGGUCAAAGCUGUGACUGCAAGGCACAAGAAAGCCCUGGAGGAGCGGGAGUGCGAGCUGCUAUGGAAGGUAGAGAAGAUCCGCCAGGUGAAAGCCAAGUCCCUCUAUCUGCAAGUGGAAAAGCUACGGCAAAGCCUAAACAAGCUUGAGAGCACCAUCAGCGCUGUCCAGCAGGUCCUGGAGGAAGGGCGGGCGCUGGAUGUCCUGCUGGCCCGGGACCGCAUGCUGGCCCAGGUGCAGGAGCUGAAGACCGUGCGUAGCUUCCUACAGCCCCAAGAGGAUGACCGCGUCAUGUUCACGCCCCCCGACCAGGCACUGUACCUUGCCAUCAAGUCCUUUGGCUUCGUCAGCAGCGGGGCCUUUGCACCGCUCACCAAGGCCACGGGUGAUGGCCUCAAGCGAGCCCUCCAGGGGAAGGUGGCCUCCUUCACUGUUAUUGGCUAUGACCACGAUGGGGAGCCUCGCCUCUCAGGAGGUGACCUGAUGUCAGCGGUGGUCCUGGGCCCUGAUGGCAACCUGUUUGGUGCCGAGGUGAGCGAUCAGCAGAAUGGGACUUACGUGGUCAGCUACCGGCCGCAGCUGGAGGGUGAGCACCUGGUGUCAGUCACCAUGUGCAACCAGCACAUCGAGAACAGCCCCUUCAAGGUGGUGGUCAAGUCGGGUCGCAGUUAUGUGGGCAUUGGGCUCCCGGGCCUGAGUUUCGGCAGCGAGGGCGACAGUGACGGCAAGCUCUGCCGGCCCUGGGGCGUGAGUGUGGACAAGGAAGGCUACAUUGUAGUGGCCGACCGCAGCAACAACCGCAUCCAAGUGUUCAAGCCAUGUGGCACCUUCCACCACAAAUUCGGCACCCUGGGUUCCCGGCCUGGGCAAUUCGACCGGCCAGCCGGCGUGGCCUGCGACACCUCCCGCAGGAUUGUGGUGGCAGACAAGGACAAUCAUCGCAUCCAAGUCUUCACGUUCGAGGGCCAGUUCUUGCUCAAGUUUGGUGAGAAAGGAACCAAAAAUGGGCAGUUCAACUACCCUUGGGAUGUGGCGGUGAACUCUGAGGGCAAGAUCCUGGUCUCUGACACCCGUAACCACCGGAUCCAGCUUUUUGGGCCUGACGGUGUCUUCCUGAAUAAGUAUGGCUUCGAGGGAGCACUCUGGAAGCACUUUGACUCCCCCCGGGGCGUGGCCUUCAACCAUGAGGGCCACUUGGUGGUCACCGACUUCAACAACCACCGUCUCCUGGUCAUCCACCCUGAUUGCCAGUCUGCGCGCUUCCUGGGCUCUGAGGGCACUGGCAAUGGGCAGUUCCUGCGCCCACAGGGUGUGGCCGUGGACCAGGAGGGGCGCAUCAUUGUGGCCGAUUCCAGGAACCACCGGGUGCAGAUGUUCGAGUCAAAUGGCAGCUUCCUGUGCAAGUUUGGCACCCAGGGCAGUGGCUUUGGGCAGAUGGACCGGCCCUCUGGCAUCGCUGUCACCCCCGAUGGCAUGAUCGUGGUGGUGGACUUUGGCAACAAUCGGAUCCUCAUUUUCUAAUCACGUUCUCUAGGCUUCUGUGUUUGGGGCGUGCGUGUGUGCAUGCAUCUCUCUCUCUCUCCCCCACCCUCUCUCCCUUCCUCCCUCCCAUCCUCUCCUCCCCCCCCCUUUUGAAUUUCAAAGAAGAAACAGUCUCAGGGAAAUUUCUUUUUUUCUUUUGUUUAAAGAGAACAAGAAGAGUACAACAUUGCUUGAGUCCUACCUCAUCUUUAUUUUUUUACAGAUGAAUGUACUUAUCUUUUCUGCAGGGACUGAGCCUGUGACGUGAUAAUUUCUAUCUACCUCAUAAAUCUUUACAUUUCCUUCUCCAGCAGGCCCUCUGCCCUCGUCCCCACCCGCACUCUGGAGUUCACGGUCCCCUCAGACCCUUUGUGGGGCGUGAUAUGCACAAGCCUGGCGUCUCUGGCUGGGGGGGGCACUGGAUGUGUGGCAUGGGUUUUGUUCUGUAGAUUGAGCCAAGGAAACAUGAAAGAACUACUAAGUAAAAAAGAGAAAAAAAAGAAAAACUAUAAAAUGUGGAAAAAUAAGAUUUAAAAUGCUGAAUGAUAGAGUAUUUGUGUUCUGGAGAAUACUGUUUAUUGGAUUAGAUUGUGUUGUUAUCUUGAUCUUUUUAGGAAAUCUCCCCCCCCCCUUUUUUUUUAAUGCUGCCACAGAGAACUUUUUUGUGUUCUCCUUUAAUACCUCAGUGUGUUUAUCAUCCUGUUCAGCAUCUUUUCUUAUUCUUAGAAGAUGUGGAUGUGGCUGUGGCUUGCUAGCCAAGAAAAGCAGACUAUUGAUGUUUUAGGGUAUGUAAUCUUUGCUUCUUUUAAGGAUGGUGUGUGUGUGUGUGUGUGUGUGUGUGUGUGUGUACUGAGCCAUCUUACACCAAAAUAGUAAAGCUGAAGAUUAUACACCACCACCCAAAGGGACUUUUCUUUCACACUUUGGUUUCUAAAAAAUAGAUGUAGCUUAGGAUUUUUGAUUAAAAGUAUUCUCAAAAGUUAAGUAUUCUUAGUUUGUCAUUGGUUAUAAAGUUCAGUGGAAGGAAGAAGAAAACCAACCUCAUUCUCAAAAAGAGGGUGUCAGACUUGCCUGGCCUGUGGACUUGAGUGAGGGCGGGCACGCAUGUGCCAAGGUAAUCUGCAGAGAGCAUGAGAAAGACACUGGCUACCCUCAAAAUCUGCAGGAGGGCAGAGGUCAGUCCCCGACCCCAGCUUGAAUGUUAUUCUGUUAAUGCUAGGUAUUUCUUUUUCUCAGAAGAGUAGGCAAAGAAAUGAACUUUUACUUUAAAAGCACAAUUUUUUCCUGCUUUGGAAGUUCAGGGAAAAUAGAAUUUUUGAAAGUGAAAAUAAGAACAGCCCAUCCCUGCACACUCUCCGCUCGGGUCACUUACAGAGUAGUCUGCUACUCUCUGCUCCGAGCCAAGCAGUAGGACCUCGUGGUUAACGUGAACUUUUUUCCCCCAAAUGCCUUUGAAUGUAAAAGAUUUGUAAACCAAAUUGCCCCAACCCAAAAUGUAGGAUGUAUACCUCUGUCUCGGUACCAAAGAAUGAAAACUAAAGCCAGGCUCUCGCUGCAGAACUGGGCUGGCAUCUGUCACUUUACAGGGUUGGUUUGUAGUGAGCUGGACUUGGGUACAAAGCCUUGUGCUUCUGGGCAUUAUCUGUCUUACAGGCAGAAAGUAGGUAUAGCAGAUACCUUGAUUGUGAGAAGCUAUAUAGGUCCCUGCACUCCCCCAGAUAACUGAAUAAGAACCAGAUUCCAGAGUAGCACUCCUCAGGAGAGAGGUGCUCAAUGAUCAUGGCUUAUAGGGAAACCUCUUGUUGAAACAAAGACAGGACACAUCAGUUUCUGUUUCUGUAUUUAAGAGAAAUACCCCUUGCAAUAGAGAUGUUUAGUCUUAAGUGAACAGAAUAAAGUAACACAUGGAGGAAUUUGUUUUUGUCAUCCCAGAAGGAAAGGAGAUGAUGGGGGCCGUGUAGCAAAUCAAUCAAAUUUGUUCUCCCGUCCGGCCCUUGAAGGACGGGAGGUACCCUGUGUCUUCCCCUUUGCUUUAUUUCUGAAUGACCAAAACGGGAAAAACUCCUUUCAUAAUGGAGAACCGCAUGCAAUAAACGAUCAAAAAAUUGGAAAGUAGUGAAGUUGCUGCCUCCACCUGCUGUGUUCCAGAACGAGAAGGAGGCAGGAGAAUUUGUUUUGUAGAACCACUCUUUCUUCUAUUGAAGCAUUUAAGAUUGAAUCCUUCCCCCACUCCUAUUCAGUUGCCUUGUAUUUGCCUCUAGGUUCUAAGUUCUUUGGUGAACAGUUUGUGUAAUUAACCACUUUUUAUUUUGGAAAUGACUUGGUGCUGACCCUCCUCUUCGCCCCACCCCCCCACUCCCCACCCCAUCCCCCAGCAAACCACCCUGGAAACACCAAAGACAACUGGUUUUAAAUACUUAGAAAAUUUUAUUGAAGUGAAACUUGGAAAUUCUCAAAAAUGUUCUCAGCAACCUGAGAUGACUUACUUCAGAUAGUCACUACCUUUGAUUCUCCCGCCUUCCCAGUGUCCCCCUAUGUGGGGGCAUCGUGGGACCUGAGUGAGAAAUUUUCCUGGUGAAUAGCGGUAAUGUAAAAUUGUGUAGGUAACAUUUGUCUGUGGAUUUGGUUGUAAAGCCAGAGAUUCCACAUGUGACUGAAAUGAUCAGGUCUUAAUAGACAAGUUUGCGGGCUCUAAGCUGGAAGGUCCUCCCCCGAUAGGAGUGUGUAGGUGCAGGAAGCUGCCUCUUUCCCCUCAGUGCUGGUACGUCUCCUCCCCUUUCUGCACCCAAACUGCCAUUUGACAAACAUGGUCACACUCUUGAGAAGCUUUUGUUUUUAAAACAUUAGGUACCUCUGGCUGCCCAUGGUUGACUCCUGACCCACAUGGAUUGGUGCGAAGCACUUUGGAGUGUGUUUAUUGUACCAUGUGGAAUGCUCCAAAUCAAAGAAAGAUGGGGAAAGCCAACAUUUGGAAGUCUGGUGUGAGUGAGGCUGUUCAAAAUUGGGGUUUUCAACUGGAUAUCUCCUGCCUGUUAGGAGGUGAUGCUAGGGUAGGUAGGAAUUGGGUCGAGGAGGGGAGUCUUGAACACGGUGAAAAGACCAGGUUGUGGGUGCUGCAAGGGGGGAGUAUAAACUUUUUGUCAAGUAAAUGAGGUAUUCAGACAAAGUCCCCAUGCAUGUCUGAUCUGGUCAGGUGGCAGGGUGGCGUUGGGGGUAUGAGGUCAGUUUAUGUUUGGAGAUGCCAAUUGGAUUUGGAUUUGUAAGUUUGGGUAUGAGAUGACUAAAGGAGAUCUAAAUAACACGCAGAUAAAAGCCACUUUUGGUUGACUGAGUUAACGUUUCAAAAGUGCUGGUUUUUUUGUUUGUUUGGUAAAUCACUACUCUGUAAAUUUGGUCCCAAGAAGUAAUGCUGUCUCAGAAACCUGUGCUUUAUGUUGGCUGGCAGGUGGCACGUGAGUUGAGUUGGCUGGAGCCCAGUGGCCCAGGCAGUACCCAAGUGCACUAACUCUUUGAUUGAUUGAUAGAUGCCCUUUUAAGUCUAACUUAUUUGGGGAAAAUACCUACAGGGGUACCAUAAAUAGAAUCUAAAUUGUGUGUUGGGCCAAAAAAGUUGCCAGAUUUAAGGCACUUUGUGAUGGAGCUAUAAGAGAAUGUCUUGAGAUUGGCUCAGUGUGUUUUAUUCUAGUUAAGCCAAAGCUUAAUAAUUUGAGGAGGGAAGUCUUUUUAGGCUUGAAGGAGCAGAAUACUGUUUGUAUAUGUUUUGGCUUCCUCUUUGGAAGAUUCUACAAUUGCUGUGUUCUGGUAGAUAGCGGAAGAUAUGCCAAAGUUAUAGGCUUGUUUUUCUGUUUAAAAACAAAAAUCCAGUGGUGCCAAAAAGUAUUUAGGGUAUUUAUUUAAAAACAUCACUCAUUGAUUAUCCCAACAGUCUGGGGCUGUAUAAAAGUCAAACUCCUGUACUUCGUCGCAUGUGAUGAUACCCUAGAGCCAGGACUUCCUGGGGCUUUAGCUCUCUGGCUUCCUGCAGGCCAGGGGCACAGGACACACAUAGCAUUCCACACCACACCAUUUGCUUUUGUUUAGUUUCUACCUCACUUUUGGCGAAAGUCAUCUACCUCAUGUUAGCAUCUAAUGGGUCUCUGAAAAGCAUAGUAUUAAUCCACGGGGUGUGGCAUGGGUGGGGGAGUGGGAAGCUACCUCUAGAAGAAAAUGCUUUUAUAAAUGCAGGACUGUUUUCUCUCAGGAGAAACAUUUGAUUGACCUUGAAAAAGAUACUUUGAAACCAAAUAUUCCUGUACUCAGGCAAAUGUAGUCCUAAAUCCCAAGGAUUCCUUAACCAACCUGACCUUUCCACCCCACUAGGAAUUAUGCACACCAUUACCUUGUUGUUCAGUAUUAUAAAACUACUGGUUCAUCUGACCUAUUUGAGGACUUUACCUGCAAAGAAAGACCUUUAGGUCUCUUUUUCCUCUUCAAGAGAAAAAUAUUUUAUCUGUAUUUUGAAUGCCUGCAAAUUUACCCUUUUCAGAGCAAUUCUGAGGGUCUAGUUUUUGGAAACAUCAAAUAUUUGAAGGGAAUAAGAAUCCUUUAGACUUUGAUUGUAUCUGUACCUUUUCCCGGACCCAGCAGGAUGUUCAUCACCAUGACAUUGCAACAGUCACUACCUUACUGAGCAGUGACUGGUGAAGUGUGUGUUGCUCUUUUGUUUUGUGUGUUGUUUUUUUUUCUACCAAAGGUAACAUGUUGACGGGUUGUUCUUUACUGUUUUUUGUUUUUCUUAAUUAAAUACUUGAUGAAGUUGAAGCACAUUACCAUGAUAUACUGUAUUGCCUCUCUUAUUCCCCUGGUUCUUUUUUGUUUUGGUUGGACGAGAGGGGUCCUAAGACCACUGUAAUGAUUGCAGAUUGGGUUUAAAAUGUCAUGGUGAAGCAGUACCUCAGUGAUGUCUAUUUUUAAAACUGAUCUUACGGGUUAACAAGCCAGCCUGGUGGGAUGUUUUCCAUCCAUCAUUUAACCAGUAAUGGUUCUAAAAGUUUUGUGUAUCCACAUGGUCUUAGACCUCCUUUUAAUGAUUGUAUUAACUUACAAGCUCAGGUAGUAUUUUUCUUAAGGCUCUGUCUUGGAGCACACUGACUGAAUGUUAACGUGUGUAGCAAAGUGUUUACUUUCUUUAACCAGCUCUGGAAUAGUUCUUUGUUUCUAGCAGUCUGUGUAGUUUUUCUUCAGAGGAAGAUUUUUCACAUUUCUGGGGUGUUCUUGUUUUUAGGGUGGUAUGGUUUCUUUCCUUUUUUACCCCCAUUCUUUUCCCCUAAAAUCAAUGCAGGUGAGAGGGUGGGUUGUGGGUAAGGGAUGUUAUUUUUAA